AUGUAUUACUGUCAAAGUACGGCACCGCACAGGACAGUGAUGAGUCUGGUAGCGAAUUUCGAUCUGGCUGACGGCAACGCCCUCUCCGAACAAUGGCGUUCUAUACCCCUCAUCGCCACUCGCCAAAGCACCAAAGAGAUGGCCGGCAUCUCCUUAUGUACUCUCGUACCUCUUUUCAUUGCCAAUAUGUCAAGAGACUAUGAUUUCGAUAUGAUGCAUUCGUUACUGCCGUCGGGCAGAGAUCAUACAUAUCACACAUCUUCGCGGAAUUGGGCAGAGCUGCCGUGA